AUGUUCCGACAGCUCCUGAAACGGCUGCAACUGUCCAACAAGGUGCAACUGCUUGACCAUGUCCCUGACAAGGCCGUUACGCGUGUCACGACUCUCGUCUCCGAUCUGCAGGAAGUGCUCGGUGCAGACAUUAUCAAGGCCAAACUUGAGAAAGGCGAAACCGUCUCUCUGUACUGGGGAACUGCAACUACUGGCCGAUCCAUGGCUUCCUUGACAACUAAGCAGAAGUCUGACUCUUUCAAGGCACCUAUCGAGCUUGUCAAGUUCCGUGCCGAAUACUACCGCCACUGCAUCACAAGUCUUCUGAAGGCCGUUGGUGUGUCCAUUGAGAAGCUUGAGUUCGUCCUCGGCUCGUCUUACCAGCUUACUCCCGAGUUCAACAUGGACAUGUACCGUCUCCACAGUAUUGUCAGCUCACACGAUGCAAAGAGAGCUGGCGCCGAGGUCGUCAAACAGACUGACAGUGCCCCUUUGAGUGCAUUGAUCUACCCCAUCAUGCAGUGUCUCGAUGAGCAGUACCUCGACGUUGACGCUCAAUUCGGCGGUGUUGACCAGAGAAAGAUCUUCGCUCUUGCAAAGGAGAUCCUUCCAAAGGUCGGCUUCAGAGAGCGUGCCCACUUGAUGAACAGUAUGGUUCCUGGUCUUACAGGAGGCAAGAUGUCGAGUUCCGACCCUGACUCAAAAAUCGACCUUUUGGACGGACCCGAGAUCGUCAAGAAGAAGCUCAAGAAGGCUGUCGCUGCUCCCAAGGUUGUCGAGGACAACGGUGUCCUCAGCUUCGUCGAGUACGUUCUCCUCCCCAUCUCUGCUCUCCAAACCGGCGAGCCCAAGUUCGUCGUCGAGCGCAGAGAAGGCGAACCCCUCGUCUACACCUCCAUCGCACAGAUGCACUCCGACUACCGCGAGGAUAUCCUGUCUCCCCAGAUCCUCAAGCCUGCUGUUACCGAUGCUCUCAACAAGCUGCUCGAGCCCAUCCAAGCAGACUUCCAGGCCAACGAGGAGUGGCAGAAGGUUGAGAAGUUGGCUUACCCUCCCCCUCCCGCCCCUGAGAAGAAGGUCAAGGUCAAGAAGGACAAGGGUUCCAGAUUCCCUGGUGCUGCCAAGAAGGAUGUUGUUGCUCAGCCUGAUGGUCAUGUUGAGGGUCCUGGCAGUGCUGAAGUCAAUGUCGGCAAGGCUGAGGAGGGCCUCAAGAACCUGGAUGUCGAGGAGAAGUAG